AUGGGCGGGCCUGGCUCUGGCUCUAGCGGAAGACUAAGCGACCAGACAUGGCCGCUCGUUGCUGCAGGAUGCGCUAGCAUCUUCUCUACAUUCGUUUCUAUAAUAUCGCUCUGGACGCAUCUAAAGCAGUAUCGCAAGCCAAUCAUGCAGCGCUAUGUCGUACGCAUCAUGCUGAUGGUACCACUCUAUGCUAUUGCUUCAUGGUGCUCGCUACUGAGCUUCACUGCAGCUGACUUUAUCGAUCCAAUCAGGGAUGUUUAUGAGGCGUUCGUCAUCUAUUGCUUCUUCAACUUGCUGGUCAAUUAUCUUGGUGGUGAGCGUAGCAUCAUCAUCAUGACACAUGGUCGAGCACCCAAGGCGCAUCCAUGGCCGAUGCGCUACUGCUGCAGCAAGGUCGAUAUUAGCGACCCUUACACCUUUUUGACCAUCAAGCGUGGGAUCCUACAGUAUGCAUGGCUCAAGCCAGCAUUGGCCUUGGCAACUGUCAUCAUGAAAGCCACUGGAACAUUCCAAGAGGGCUACAUUGGCCUGAGCUCAGGUUACUUCUGGUCUGGUCUGCUCUACAAUGUCAGUAUUACGAUUUCGCUAUACUGCCUUGCCAUGUUUUGGGUUUGCCUGCACGACGACCUUGUCCCAUUCAGGCCGGUCCCCAAAUUUCUCGUCAUCAAGCUUGUCAUCUUUGCCUCGUACUGGCAAGGCUUCGCACUUUCUCUGUUGGUAGCUGCUGGCUUCAUUCCCGACAGCCCCGGCUAUUCGGCAGACAACAUCAGUGUGGCUAUCCAAGAUUUAUUGACGUGCUUCGAGAUGCCCUUCUUUGCUCUAGCGCACUGGUAUGCGUUCAGUGUGAGUGAUUACGCAGAUCCGACGAUUGGUUCUUCGCGAAUGACAAUCCUCUAUGCUGCACGCGAUGCAUUUGGUGCCGGGGAUUUGAUGGUUGAUACCAAGGAAACGCUAUUUGGCAAGGGAUAUGACUAUCAGCUUUUUGACCCUUCAGAAAAUGUCAUGGCGCACGCAGACUCAGACCGUCUGUCGCGCAUCAAGGAAGGUCUUCGCUAUGAACGUGGUGGCAAGGGCAAGCACUGGAUUCCUCAACCCGGUCAGACAACAGCAAAGACACCCCUGUUGAGUCGGGUGGCAGGCGACGGCUACACAAGUCUCAAAAUGCCUGAUGCUGAGCAGCGCCAUGACGCAUUUGCUCAGGUGAAGCACUGGAAUGCGCCUCCGCCGAUAAAUUUAGAGAUUGAUGAUGAAGAUGAGGCUUUGUUUAACAAGGCAAGAGAAAUGGAAUUUGGCGACUACAACUUCCCGGUUGUU